CGGUACUGAACAUCCAGCAGGACUCGCGCUGCGUUGAGUCAGUUCACCGAAGCUCUGAGACUGGAGGGAUGUGACCCCGGAACAGGACGCCCUCCUACAACAACACACCAUUCAAACAGAGCAUAGAAGAAAGAAAAGCUGGACCAGGAGGGAGCCACAGGAGCAGGGGGCAUGAACCGCGAGGAGGCCCCAGGGAAGUCUCCUGAAGACAUGUACAUCCAACAGAAAGUGCGGGUCCUGCUCAUGCUAAAGAAAAUGGGAUCAAAUCUUACGCCCAGUGAAGAGGCUUUUCUCCGGAAUUACGCAGGUGUGGUCCACAGUCAGAUGAGCCAGCUACCACAACACAACAUAGACCAGGGUGCAGAGGACGUGGUGAUGGCAUUCUCCCGGUCAGAGACGGAGGAUCGCCGACAGUGACCCUGGGCCUUCCCCAAUUACACCCCACUGCAUCCCUCCCCGCCCCCGUCCCACCCCACACCUGAUCCACAGCAACCCAAACUCCACAAACCUGACACUGAUGAGCUCAGGAGAGGAUGGGCACCCAGGAGGGACAGAAGAGGAGGGGAGAGACACCAGGAGGUGGCUGCCUCGCUCUCCCGUCCCCGACUCCUCCUCAUACAAGCUGGCACACCAUUACCUGAGAUGCACUCAAGUGCUUCACUGUGGGUUGAAGCCUCAGCAACAAGGCAGUCAGUGAAAACACUCACAAAUUGUGGGAUGAAUAUCAAAUGUAGGUUUUUUUUUUUGUUUUUUUUUUGUCUGGGUGGGUUAGUUUUGUUUUGUAUUAUUUUGUCUGUGUUGAGACUUUAGGCAGUGUUACAUGUUAUAUCUGCUGUGGUCACUGGAGGAAGCGACCAGUCAGCAGCUGAUUGAAGCAAAGAGAAAUAUAGUUUUGGUCAAGCAGCGAGUGUGAUGAUUGGUCGUGUUAGGGGAGAGAUUUUUUAAUUAUUUCUGCUUACCCUAAUGGGGCUGAAAUUGUUUUUGAUUUAGUUGUUGUGUUAUAAAAGCUUUUGUAUUCUGUCACACAGGGGGCCUCAUUUAUAAACAUUUUGUGUGUAAAAGAGGAGGCGUGAGAGAUGGGCAUGCCAUCUCCCACACAGCUGUUGGGAUGUUAGUGUAGAGCAUCAACACGUCUACUGGAACCUGCAUGCUGAAGGCAAAGUAGUGAUAUAAAAUCUAAUGUAUUAACUCUUCUCAGACAAAUCAUUUAACCUAAUAUCAAAUUCUGCUGCAGUGUAGUCUCGCAUUGCCAGACCUAUCUCCACAGCUGGAGUAUGGUCUGGCUACACAGCAUAUCUAUUCUGGGAUAGAGCGUAAGACACUCUGGCUUGUUUGUGUUUCUUUAAAGCAAUCACAACCGUUCUGGGCGGCGCUAAGCCCCGCAGCAAUGGUGCCCAUGCAAAAUAGUUAGCGGAGAUAAUGAAAGGGGAGAGACAUCCGUCAGGCUUAAUCCAAGCAAUGGACAUCCAUUGAGCCAGACUAAGUGCAGUGAGCGCCAAUAUGCAGACAUGUUUUUUUGGUGUUAUACUUUUAUUUUAGAAUAAUUUGACUUUCUGAUCACGCAGCGCUCACUGCUGCUGUGACCCGCUGAUUGUCUCUUAUUGGUCAAACUAGAAAUAUAAACCAACACCAAACAGUUAAUCUAACUGACUGAAGAGCUCAUUUCUCUUUGUGGAGGUGCCGUCUGACCGUUUGUUCACGUACAAAUAUUAGAUUGACAUGCUGAUUGAUGUGUGUAUUAACACUCACAACAGACCUGUCAUUAAUCACUCAUGUUUAAUUUUCUCGACAAAUCUACACACAGUUUUAUAAAUGAGGCCCCUGAUGUUCUGCUGCUUUAUUUUGAACCAUAGGCUGUUGAGAGUGCAGCAAUGCUUUUCUCUUGAGGAAAGCGUAAGAAUUAAAGACACUAGCAGACAUAAUCACAUGAAACACAGCUGUAUACACAUUCUCCCCAAACACUGGUUUUGGGUUAUUGUGACUUGUAAAACCUUUGUUUUUUAUUGUACAGAUAGUUGGGAAAAUACAAUAAUAAAUUGAUAGUGCCAAUUGUAUUUUAUUUUUUAUUUUUAUUUUUAUCUGUGAGAUAAAAAAAAGAACCUAAUGAUUUAAGAAAAUUGAUAAAGAGACAAGCUGUAGCUGUAAUUUAUUGUUUAUUGAAUUGAUUUCCUUGAACACAUCAUUAAAGAAGGAGAACCAGUAGAUAGUUUAAUGUCCUCAGCAGUGGCUCUUUGUUCACACUAAAAUCACACACUCUAAUUUUUAACUACCUGUAACUAAACAUGUGAAGCCAAACAUAAGAGCUGUGUGCUAGUUCUGACUGUACUUUAUCUCUUGCACUAUUAUCAAUGGGAUAUUUGCAAAAAAUACAUUUUGAUAUUUAGGGCAGAGAUUCUAUGUUUGGUUCAAUACAUGAAAGAAAACUUUGUAACCAUGUUUUUUUUUAUUCCUUUACUGAUUUCAACAAAAAAAACAAUCUCUGUGUUAAUUGACUCAACUGGAAUAGCUCAAAGGAAUAUUUGUUAACAACCAACAUGUUUUUCUAGUAACAUGCUCAAUAUUUAAUGUGUUUAAGUACAGUUUGUUAACUUGUAUAACUUAAAAAUAAUUGUAACGUAAUGUUUUGAAGCCAAGCAUGUCUGCCUCGUGGUUUAUAAUGUUCAUUCAAGUGGAGCCGAGGAUCUUUGAAGCCUUGCCACGUUAACCAUUGUUUGUACAUUCUUGACAUUUGUGGAAGCUACUUGCUAUUUUUAAAUGUUUCAGGAAAAAAAAAA